AUAAAAAAAAAACCUAAAGAAAUGCAAAAAUUUUUGGCUUCCUUGGCAAAAUAAAACAUUGUUGUCAAAUGAAUUUUUUGAUUGUGUAACUGUUAAUGGUGACUUGAAGUAAAUUGUCAAAAUUGAAACGUUCUUUUGGGAAACCUAUGGAAUACGAAACACUAAAUUUAAGUGGAAGCGGCGGUUCUGCCUCUGGCGGCUCCUCGAGUAACAUAAACAGCGGCGUUUCCUAUGAGCCCGAAGCUGGGAUGUGCGGCGGCGGAGUAGCUACUACUGGGGCAGCAAUAGAGCCCACCUCGAUGAUGGAUGGCAAGGCCAAGGAGAAGUCUCGUCGCUAUUGGAUGCCCAGCGAGGAGGAGCGUCUCUAUGAGAUCUGGGGACGUGACAAUUGGCGAUUGACCAGAACUGGCAAAAAUACAAUAUUCUUUGGACAAUGGGCCGAGGAACUGAAAGAAAGAUAUGCAGUGGAUGUAAAGCCCGAAGAAAUACAAAUGAAGGUGAAUCAGACGAGGGCCAAGUUCAGAUCGGUUAAGAAACAAAUACAAGCAGAUCCCUCAAGCUAUGCCACACGUUGGAAGAAAUAUGAUAUAAUCAACAAGAUAUUGAAAAAUUUGCAUAGACCGAAGAAUGCAGAACCAUUGCCGGCAUCGGCAUUGCUCAACAAUCGGGAUGUGACACCGCCACGAGAGGAUGAGCGACAAACACCUGAGCCGACGGUGCAGCCACAGUCUCAGACACAGGGACAGCAGCUGUUGAAUCUGGCAACAGCUGAGGGAACACCAGCUACAGCAUCGACAGCGGAAACUACAAAUAAUUUUAAUCAUCUUAACAAUAACAACAAUAAUAACAAUAGUUUAGGUUUUAGCACCGAAUUAUUUACAGAUCAAUAUGAUGAGGUGAAACAGGAAUAUGAUGAUGAUUAUGAACGUUCCAUGCCAUUUCAAGAUCAACUACAGCAGUAUUCACCAGCCGAGCCCAGUCAAUUGCUUGAGUUGCAGACGCCACAGCAACAGCAACAACAACAACAGCAGCAGCAGCAACAACAACAACAACAACAAUUUCAAUCCCAAACUUCAUAUGAGUCGUCCUUCCCCUAUAAUAAUCACAAUUCAAACAAUGUGAUAGUAUCGAGCUCCACUCCUCCCUUGGGUCAGCAGCCCAUCACAGCUGUCGCCUAUAUAAAUAGUACGAAUAAUACCAUUUCAGUUGCCACCAAUGGCGGCGGCGGUGGUCAAUUACCGUCCGUUGCGGUUGCAACUCCAAAUCCCUCACCAUCCGGCGGCUGUAUGCCCAUACCAACACCCCGGAAACGAGGUCGGCCCUUUGGCUCGGUUAAUCCUCCCUCAACUGAUUCUCUCGAAGCCCUCUACAUGGAGGAAGUGCGUCGAAAGAACAACAUAUUGCAAGAGCAAACGAAAAUUUCACGUCAACGCUUGGAAAUCGAAGAGCGUAAAUUCAACUUGAUGCAAACAUUUUUCCCCAAAUGUGUGGAACAGCAAACUCAAAUACUAUUAAGGCUAUCGCAGCUCGAGAAGCAGCAACAGUUGCCAGGAAUACAACAACAAUCGUCGCCGCCCGAGUAGGCACAUACAAUUAAAUAAUUUCAGUUUAUAUUUUAAGUUUUAACUAAAACAAAAAACAAUGUGUUUACUUUAUAGUUUUUUUGAUAAGUUUAAGAGCCGAAAAACCGAAACAUACAGACAAUUCACUAUGUAGUCUUAUAUGUAGGUAUGUGUAUUUUGUUUAAAUUAUUGCAAAAUAUAUCACUAUUAUAUUUUACAUACAUACAUAAAUACGAUCCUGUUUGUACACUUAAGUCCGCAAGAUAAUAACUUAAAUAAAAAUAAAUGUAAAGAAUGGUUCAUACAUUUUUGCCAUCGCUUA